UGGCGCUACGGUCUUCUGCCCAAGGAUACGCGGAGUCCAGUCCGUUGGAGGAGCAAACGCGGCGCGUGGAACCCACAAAACAAAUCGAAAAAAGAAGAAAAGCAGCAAAAGCACAACCGAUUCGCUCGAGUGUGCCCGUGUGCGAGUGUGUGAGUGCCGAGUAUCUGUGUGCGUGGAUCGGUCCUGUGCUGUUUGGGGCCGUUUAAUUUUAUUAGCGCCCCGCGAUGCGUCAUGAAAAUUGCAGGCAAAACACAGAAAUACAAUAAAUGAAAAAUUAAAUAUUAAUUAAAUUCCGCAUACGAAUCGCGCGGCGAGUGCUGCGAUUCCGCUGAUUGAAAUGUUAAAUAGAUAUUAAAAAUUGAUGGUGUACUUCGGCCACACAGUCGCUCCUUCUGCCGGAUAAGUUGCCCCUCUGCGUACAUACAUAUUGUGCAUUGUGCAUUGUAUAUUGGCAUCUUGGCCAUCGGGUGUGCGUGUACAUGACUUUAUUAAAAUUGUAAGUCCCCAACUCGCGCGUGUUCUCACACAUUGUUUGUGGACUCUUGCGACCGCUCCAGAUUUCCCUCCCAUUUGUUGUUGCACUUAUCGCGAUUACCGCACGGAGCGCUCCACCUACUUGCCACAUCCUGCAACGUCCUCAAAAAAAAAUUGAAAUCGGAAAAACAAUGCAACAAUUGGAGAGCUUCGCACACCUCAGUGCCACGCAGCAGCAGCAACAUCAACGGCAGCAACAUCAGCAGAAACAGCAGCAACACCAGCAGCAGCAGCGCGAAAGUUAUGCCCCGGGCAAAAACUGAAAAUGAAACAACUUAAUUAGUAGUUGUAGGAGUCGAGAGCAAAAAGCCGCGCACUCCCUGAAUUCCGAAUCAGACCAGAACCAGCAACCAGCGAACAGCAACCAGCUCAGCUCGAGGAAGUGGUAGUGGAAGUGGAAAAGGACGCGGAUGCGCACGUGGAAGCUAGUACCCACACAAAAUUUUAGGGAAUUUUUCGAAGAAGGUUAAAGUGUUCGCGUGUGAGUGGAAGAGUGGGUGCACUUUUUCGAGAAAAUUAAAUUGAAAACAACAUCAGAAGCGAGGCGAGUAAACAGUCUGAAAUACGAGACGAGCCUGCAUAUAAAUUGUUACACUUUACACAAUGGAUUUGCCAGCGAAAAGGACUUCCACAAUGCCCGUAACAACUUCCUACAAGGCCAACAUCGGCCGAAGCUGCCUGGCUUUAUUCACGCUCUUCCUGUUCGCGGCACACAUCAGCAUGACUUCCGGUCAAAUCGAUUGGGACGACGACGAUGAUCCAGUUUCCACAGUGGCCGUGGAGGCCGUUCUGGGACGAACCGCAUCCUUGCCGUGCGACAUCGAGCCGGAGGCGAAGGACGACCGGGUGUACAUGGUGCUCUGGUUCCGUGAGAGCGCCGGCAAGCCACUUUACAGCUUCGACGUCCGAGGACGGCCCUUCGAGAAGGCCCUCUACUGGUCGGACACCAACUCGUUUGGGCCACGUGCGUAUUUCGUUACCGGACAGCAGCCGGCCAAGUUAUCGGUGGACAACAUUCAGCUGGAUGACGAGGGCGUUUACCGCUGCCGCGUCGACUUUCAGAACUCGCCCACGCGUAAUCAUAGAAUUAACUUAACGGUUAUUGUUCCUCCGCAUCAAAUACUCGUGUACGAUGCCUCCGGACGCGAUGUUGCCGGAGCUGUGGGUCCAUUGCUCGAGGGCGAUAAUAUUGUGUUGACAUGUGAAGUGCGUGGCGGUCGACCGGAGCCGACGGUGACCUGGCUGAACGGGACGCGCGCCCUGGAGGCCGGCAGCGGGGUCUCCAUGGGCCGCCAUGUGACCGUCAACCGCCUGGAGGUGGCCCAAAUCUCGCGCUCCGCCCUGAACAACACGUACCGCUGCCAGGCGUCCAACACGAAGCUGGUGGCGCCCGUGGAGCGCAGCAUCCGCAUCGAAAUGUUACUCAAACCCACAUCAGUCAAUUUAACCAAUAAGUUGAAGGUCUUCGCCUCGAACACGCAGUACAAUCUCACCUGCAUUGUGGCCGGCUCGGUGCCGGACACGGAAAUCAAAUGGACGCAGAAUAAUCGGCCCUUCAAACGUGGCCAGCUGUCAACGAGCCAGGGCAAUGGAAGAGUCAUAUCCACAUUGACAUUUUAUCCUCAGCCCGAGGACGACGGCACGAUGCUCAAGUGCGAGGGCUCCAACCCACGGCUGCAGAACUCGGCCAUCGAGGACUCGCUCGUGAUGAAUGUCAUCUAUCCUCCGCAGGUCACCUUGUCGCUGGGCUCCACACUGCGUCCGGACGACAUAAAAGAGGGCGACGACGUCUACUUCGAGUGCCACAUCAAGUCGAAUCCCAAGGAGCAUCGCAUCAUGUGGUCGCAUGACGGCCAACCGGUCACCCAGAAUGUGUCCUGGGGCAUCAUCAUCUCCACCCGCUCCCUGGUUCUCCAGCGAGUGGGUCGCGUCCACUCGGGAUUCUAUGCCUGUUCGGCGGCCAAUGACCGCGGGGAAACCCAGUCAGCCCCAGUCAACUUGAGGAUACGAUAUGCGCCCGUCUGCAGCAGCAGCACCAUCACCGUGAUUGGAGCCUCCCUGGAGGAGGCCGUGCCCAUUCCCUGCCGCGUCAACUCGGACCCGCCCGAAAUCGACUUCGAAUGGACCUUCUCCACCAGCGGCGAGCACUUCGAGGUGCCCUCGGGCCACUACGCCACCAUCCAGGACCCCACCAUGACCACCACCAGCGACGUCCGUCGCACCGUCGUCGAGUCCAACGAGACGCACUUCGAGACCUAUGUGGAGACCGUCAGCGAGCUGAUCUACACGCCCAAAGGAGAGCGGGACUACGGAACUCUGGCCUGUUACGGCAGGAAUGCCAUUGGAAAGCAGUCUGAGCCGUGUGUUUUCCAGGUGGUGCCAGCAGCCAAGCCGGGGGCACUGCGAAACUGUACCCUCCGGCCGUAUGUGGUGACCUCCGCCUCGCUGAACUCAUCGAAUCAGACGACAAUGCAUGCCAAUCAAAUGCUGCCCACACAAUACGGCAGACACGAGUCGAAUUACCCGCACAUGGAGUACGUACGUGAGCGCCAUAACAGCACUGCCCGGAACAAUGUGGCCAAUAAAAAUAUGGGGGCCAGGACGAGUGCUGGCCAGGGCAAAUCCAAUAAUAAGCAGCCCGGUCAGCCCGGUCAGCUCAGUCAGCAGCAGUUGCAGCGCCUCAAGAAGCGGACAUCAUUCACACCGUCGCAGACAUUGGCAGCCAUCGAGCGGCAGCGGCAGAGGAAGCAGCAGCAGCAGAAGCAGCAGCAACACCAGCCGGCACAGCAGCAACAUCAGCAGGCGCAGCAGCAACACCAAGCCACUGCUGGCAAGUCCGGCGGCGAUAGCAAACCUGAUGGAUCGCCGGCCAAGUCGCCAAAGCAGCGGGUGCGGCGGGCCAGCCAAAUCCCGCAGGGACAGCAGCAACAUCAGCUGGAUGCAGGGGCAGCAUCAAUAACCAGCCAGCGGAAGCCGGCAGAAUCAAAUUUAUCAAUGUCACAUGUAGGCAAAGGCGGCAGCAGCAGCAUCCGAGGCAGCAACAUCAACAGUAACAGUAACAAUGGCAAACUGCCAGCAAAGUAUUUUAAUAAGCGACAGAAAAACAUGCACAAACAGCAACGGCAACAGCAGAAGGGAACAAACGAGCACAACAGCAAUAUAAUCCAUCAUUAUGCAACUUCGAGUUCCAGUUCCAGUUCGAGCUCGAGCUCGAGGAGAAGAAAGCGGCUGGCAGCAAAUGACAUCUUGGCAACUGUGGCGGCAGCAGCCACAUCGGCAUCAUUAUCCUCCUCCUCGGCCACCUCAUUGGCAGCCACUGCCACGGCGGCGGUGGAAAUCGAGCAGGAUGUGGCCUCCUCCGCCGGCAGCAGCAACAUCAAGAGGUCUCGCAAAUCCCUAACCAUCCUUGACAAACAGCAGAAGCAGCAGAAGCUAAAGCAGCAGCAACUGUUGCUGCCGCCGAAUGCCCCGCAAAUAAGCAACCAGCCGGUAGCAGCAAUUAGUGGCAACAAUGUCAAGGAAACAGCAGCAACAUCGAAGCAAGUUGCAGUUGCAGCGGGAGUCAAGGACAAGGCGUCCUCCAAGGAGGACUCCACUGACAACAACGACAACGAUGAUGACGACAAUGACGACGACGACGACGAUGAAGAAGAUAAUGAUGAUGCGGCGGAGAUGGAUGCUGAAACUGAGACUAAUGACGACCAGGAGGAGGAGGAGGACCACGAUGACGACGCAGACCUGGAUGAAGACGUUGCCCAGCUGCCCACCGAUGCCGAUUACUUGGCCGACGGUCCUGCUCCCGGCGACUUGGAGGAGUACGAGACCGUGGAGGAGGUGGACGGCCAGCAUAUGCUCUCCCUGGAGGAGCAGCUCGAUCUGGAGUCUCUGGAGGACAACGUCGAGGAGGAGGAGGCCGGCGAUGACGAUGAUAUGUACAAUGUAAGCGAUGAUGACUUUGUGGCCAGCGUGGCCCUCUCCACCUCCGACACCACAGUCCCAGCCACCGCCGUUCAAAGGACAACAGAAGGACCUCACAUGCAGGACAAAGCCACCCAAGUUACCGAGUCCGCCGCCGAAUGGCAGCUCCCCCACUUCGACUACUCACGCAUGGAGUACAGCUUCAGCAACGGAGUGGUCACCCAGAGUUUGCUGGGCGGUUCGGGGGCCGGGGGCUUGACUGGUAGCAGUCACGACGGCUUUGCGGGCGGCGGAACCAUAAACUUCGACAACUACGACAACAUCAUCUACUCCACCAUGGAACUGGAGUGCAUGCCCGGCUACGACGGCGGCCUGCAGCAGCAGUUCUUCCUGGAGGCCUACGACUCGAAGACCAAGAAGCUGCGGCUCAACAUGAGCAGCACCUACGUGGAUGUGCCGGUGUUUCGGAUCGAUCUGUCAGAUCUGAUGCCCAUGGACUACUUUCCCGAUGCCCAUCCGGCCCUGCACUUGGUCGUCUACAGCGUCAAUCAGAAGGGCCGCUCGGAGCCGAUUGUCCUCGAGAAUGUGCCCAUCAAUGAAGCGGACAAGCGUUCAGAUGGUCGCAUGGGCCUGUCGAUUUUGCCCCUGGCUGCCCUUCUAGCCGGCACUUUAUUCACCGUGGGCAUAGCGGUCCUAUCCGUGGUGGUCAUCGCCGUUCGCAGACGUCGUGGCCAAGGAGCCCGCAACAUGUGCGAUGACAAGGACAAGCACCUGGGCAUGGAUGUGACGGUGACGGCGCCCCUGGAAACGGGAGCUGGCCACCAGCGCCUGGUGGUGGCCUACACCCUGAAGCAGGGCAUCGAAAAGCAGCCGGACAUAUUGAGCGCCCAGAAGAGCGCUCCAACUGGCGGUGACGCCUCGUCGCCGCUGGGAAAUCGGCCGAGUGGUUUAUUCGCCGGCGGAGGAGGCGGUGGUGCUGGUGGUGCAUCUGGCGCUCCCAUGACCAGCAACACUGGCGGCCACAAAACCACGGAUUAUGACGCGAAUGCCCCGCAUCUGAAUAGCCCGCCCUCGCAGUCCAGCACCUUGAAGCUGGAGAGUGACCCGGCGGCGGGUCUGGCCAGCGCCCGGGGCGGGAACGCCCCACCUCUCCUCUACGACGCCAUGCCCACGCUGAGUCGCUACGAGCAGCUGGGCCUGAGCAUGGCCAGCUACUCCGCCGGAGCGGCGGGCACGGGCGGCAGCAGCAGCACCCUCAGCUCCGCGGGCAGCACGGUGAGCAGUGCGAUGGCCGCCAACGGAGCCGCCGGGGCGGGGGGCUACGCCGCCCACCUGCACCACACGCUGCCCCACAACAUGGCUCCCCACCCCCAGCGGGGCCACGAUCCGCUCAACCUGGCCGACUACCUGACCACCAGCAGCCUCAUAGACUACGGCCUGAACAAGCCGCCCGCUGCCCACAUGACGCUGCCCAAGGGCAUGGGCCUGGGCCUGGGAAUGGGCGUCGGAGUGGGUGGGGGAGUGGCAGGGGGCAUGGGAAUGGGCCCUGGAGCGGGACUGGGCUUAGGGUCCGUGAUGGCCGCCGGCACGAGCCUGUCGCCGUCGCAGCUCAACACCAUCACGCACAAGUCGGCGGCAGGACGCAACCACAUCAUCACGGACACACUGCCAGGGCCGGAGAGCUGCGUCUAAGGACAUGGCAUCCUCGCAUCCUGGCAUCCUGGCAUCGUGGCAUCCAACCAAAAGACUGGCGCACAGCAGUAGCCCAAAAACACAGCCGAAUCAAAGUGACAGCGAACUACUAACUAGUCAUGUGGAGCUGCGGUCAAAUUAGUGGUGAAGAGGGUUCCUAAGAAUGCUUACAAAGUAUAAAAUAUUAGUUGUUGAAGCUUGCUUUGCAGCUUUACUGAAACUGAAGAUUGGUUAGGCAUUACAAUUUUAAACUCCGAUUACAAUAAUCAAUCUGAGAUGAAUUUUUAAAGGGAUAAUUGUUUUGGUCUAUUAAAGAACCACUGCCGGAAAGACAUCAAAGGAAAAACUUAAAGUGUGAAAUUCUUUGACAACAUCACUUGGCAUUUAUAAUUGCUUUUUAAUUUUGUGGCACUAGCUUAAGUUAACGAACCAAUCUAUAAAUCAUUUUUAUAUCAGGUUAAAAAUUAAAAAAAAAAUAUUAUUAAUUUAAUGUUCUGCUUUUGUACAAUCGAUAACAACAGUUUAGAAGGAAUUUCAAAAUAGGAUGUGUUUUUAACCAAUCUUUUAGAUUGAUUAUUUUAAAUUAUAUACUAGGUGAAUAAGAAAACAAAACGAAAGUUGUGUGAAAAAAUAUGUUGUAAGAUCUGAAAGAAUUGAAAACCAGUGAUUAAAAAAUAGAUAUGUUUAAAAUUACUAUAUAGAAUGAUUUGUUUUGGGAAUCUAAAAUGUCCUAAGACUAUUUUAAGAAUAUUUUUUGAUAUUAUUAUGUACCUUUUUCGUAUCCAGACCGUAUCCACUGCUAAUUUGACCGCAUUUUCAUAAGGAAACCCUGUUCGGCGACGUCGCUUAGAAGUAAUUAUUAGAGUUAGAGGAGUAGCUAAAGUACGAAUAUGUAUAUGUAAUGCGUGUGUCUGUGUCUCCGUUCGUUUGUAAAUGUUUAAGCUAAGUGUAACCGUAGUUGUACUUGUAUACUAUAUCCUUUGACUGGUGUAAACCAGAGUCUGUUCCCAGCUCCGAGCAUCGAGUUCAGUCUUUAAUUUAAGGGGCGACCCCCAAGGUGAAACUAAUCUUCCAAGCCCUGGACUCGUCAAGAUGCUGGGAGCAGAGGUCACCACUCCCUAACUCGUUGUUAAAUCUGUUUGUCCCGGCUAAAAAUAAGAACGAAGGACAUAUCCCCAAAAACAUAUCCCUUCCUGCCCAGACGAAAAAGCAAGCCGCAACUAUUUGAACUGCCGUCGCAGCCCGAGAUGAAAGUCGGGCCGACCCGAAAAAAGGAAAAGUUAUAUUGGACACGUCUUGCGCCAUUGCGUGCCCAGUGCUGGUCAUUAUUUAACUUUUAAACACGCGCCAAAAACAGCAGCAGAUUUGAAUUUAAUGGUCACAGCAGCCGCUCCCGCUCCUCCAUUAUCCUUCGUGGAAUCCCCGGUAUCCGUAUCCCCGUCGCCAUUAGCCACUCGCAGUGGAGGCGGCCAACAAGUGAGCAAUAAAGAAAAGUUUAGAAAAAUAUCCCAAUCCCCAAUCCCGAGUCCCGAAUCCCCUGCCCCGAUUAUAAGCUCACGAGCGAUUGAAUGGGUAUAGAGCGCAAUAAACGUGGAGGAGAACAAGAACUGGGCACGGAUUUGUGCGCACGAUAGCGCAAAACGAUGACAAUAAAUGGAAAAGUUUUUAAUAAGCUAAUAAAAUGAUUUAUGCGGGUCGAGCCGGGAUAAAAGGCACGGAGCUUCAGCUCCAGAUGGCGAUUUGAUGGGCCUCCGAUUCUGGUCACUUCCGACACCUCAUUGACGGGCAUUAACCAGUCGGACCUGAGCACACACAACGAAUGCAGUCUUAAAUAUUAUUUAUGGGUCCAUAAAUGGGUCGGCCACGUUCGGGCAGUUCAAGUAGGGGCGAAACUCUUUCGAUUAUCUUACUGUUCAUUGGCAAUUGUUAUCGAGGCAUUAGCACAUCAGAAACUCGUAUUGAGGCAUCCAGCAAAAUAAACUAUAUCAUAGACAAGGGCUAACGACUAUAAGUGUUCAAACGUUUGUCAUAUCAGUUGAGCGAUUCUUUUCGAUAUAUGUACGUCUUGACUUUCUAACGACAACGGUAAUGGAAAACCAAAAAUAUUUAAGCUUAAAUCAUCGAUAGAGUUUAGUGAAAUCAAUGUAAUGUCAUAAUGUUUAAAUGUAAAAGUUAUAGCAUCCAGGCAAACUGGUAGAGCAAAUCGUAAACUUCCUCCAAGUUUAUACAUAGGCAAAGGUCCCCCGCUGUAGAUAUCCAAAAUCAAGUGCGAGUAGUGGAAAUUUUUAAACAAACCCAAAACCUGUAGCAUCACGCCCUUAUGUCGCGAUCCGCAAAUACUAUUUUAUGAGCCUCGAAGAGGCCAACGUUGUACAUACAUGCAUAGGCAAGCCCCAAACAACAGACAUAUACACAUCAUUGUAACUAACUACAUAUGUAAAAAUGCUUAAAAUAUUUGUGAUAAAGUAAUAAUGUUAAUGAUAAGAAUAAAACGCAA